GUCCCUUGGUUCUUGCCGUGUCAGGUGACCCGUAUACUGCCCGUAUACGGAAGAGGAGAGUUCUGCUGAAACUGGCGGGGAGAUUAAUUCCUCAGUGCGGUGCCGGAUAGGAGCACGAUGGCAAAUGACAGACUGCGAGCCCUGGAGGAUGUUGAGAAGGAGAUCGCUGUCAUCUUGCAGAGUGCAGGGAGCAUCGUGCUGGAGCUGUCGAAGGAGAAGCACAACGCCAGUUACCUGGAGAGACAGCUCACCCAGUUCACCUCCUCUGUCAACAGGGUGGAGAGUGAACUGAGCUCACAGAUACGCUACCUCACGCAGGUGGCCACUGGGCAGCCUCACGAGGGCUCCACUUACUCUGCCAGAAAGGACUGCCAGAUGGCUCUGAACCGGGCCGACUACGCGCGGGUCAAGCUGGGCGACCUGGGCCGCACCUGCGAGCUGCUGCUGGACCCGCAGGUCAAAGCACUGGACAGAGCAGGAGUCCACUGGACAACAGGACCGUGUAGCACUGAAGUCAGGAGGGGACCCGCCUGCAGGCAGCAGGAAUCCACAGACAACAAAAAUAGCGAGGGAGAGAUGGCAGUUAAAGGAACAUGUUCUGAGUACGGAAAGCCACACGUCAGGGCUGUGUUGUACUGGGUUUUUACAAGCCUUCAGACAGCGUGCUGGGAGAAACUGAGCCUCAGGACAUCCAAGGCCAAGAGCUCCGGUCCAGACAUGACCCCUGGCCAUCACACUGCAUCUGAACCCCCAUCUCCUGUCCUGUUCCGGGAUGACGUCGGGGGAGAAAGGCAGCUCCAGCAUGCAGUAGUAAACUGUCUGACUGGACCCAGCACCGUGGCAGCUGACAUUUAGUAACCGACCGCAUGACACUGAGUCAAUCUGGGUGACUGAGUCAGAAUGAGGCCAUCAAGGAAGACAUCCUCUGAGGGGUGUUUAGUCUGGUGUUCAGUAAACCCCUUGUAGCCCACAAAUGACUUCCUCAAUGUUAGAAACAAACACGAUUCUUUUAUGUGUGCUUUAAUGGUGUGGUUUUCCGAUAGUUGUGGUUGUGUUGGUAGGUGCGGUCUUUAACCUCCCACUUUUUGGGGUAUAUUAGUGUUUGAUGGGCAGAACGUUUGCUGUCUUACAGCUCUUGGGCGCCGGGUUCAAUUUGGGGCUCGGGUGCGUUCAGUGUGGGGUUGGCCUAUUCCCACUGUGGUCAUAUGGCAGGGCUCAGGCUUCCUCCCAAGGACAUGCUGGUGGGGUUAACCACUGUCUGAAUUGUUUGUGAGUGUGCACGAUCUGUGAUGGACGGGUAUCCUGCCCUGCGCCCUCCUGCUUGCUGCCACUCUGUACUGCCCUAAUUAUUGUUAAUUAUUUCCUCCCAUGUACAGAAACAAGACACACAGCAUCCCGGUUAAACUUAUUGCUUUGUUUCU